AUGGCAGACGAUGAGGGCGCGGCUUUUUGGGAAGGUGUUUAUGGGGAGCCCAUCAAUAACUAUCCUCGACCUCAGGUGAAGAAUGAGCGGGGUAUGCUUGAACAGAUGGAUGACGAGGAGUACGCCGCCUAUGUCCGUGAGAAAAUGUGGGAGAAAAGCCAUCAACAUAUCGUUGAGGAACGUGAAAGGAGAGGGCGUGAAAAGGAGGAGAAAAAGCGACGUGAGCGUGAGGAACGAAUUGCUUGGGAGCAUGCAGAAAAGGAAAUACAAAGAGAAGAUAAACAAAGGAGACAAAGAAAGCAUAGAAGUGACUUGCAGAAACGGUGGGAUGAGUAUCUACACAACUGGGCGAGAAUUGCAGAUGAGAGCCGGGUUGAUGUCGAUAACGAUGGUGGUGAAAGAAAGGUGCCUCUUGACAAUAUCCCAUGGCCUACUAGGUCUGGGAAGCUAUUAGACCUUUCUCAAGACGCCAUCGAAGAAUUUUUCUUAUCAGCACCUACUGGCACAGCACCUAACAGGGAAGGGUUUACUGAUAUGCUGAAGCUAGAAAGGGUACGAUGGCAUCCAGAUAAAGCUCAGCAGAGGUGGGGGAAAUCUGGGCUCAGCGAGGAGGAGCUUAAAGGAAUCACGGCCGUCUUUCAGGCGAUAGAUUCCUUGUGGAUCAAGAAUAGGAAGAACAAGUCGACUGAGUAG